AUAUAUUUUCUUCUUUCUCUUCCUUCUUUCCUCCACUUGCUCUUCGAUUUUCUCGCCAUCCAAUCUUUCCAAAGCUCAAAACCUCUUUUACCUCACCAACAUUGCUAAAAGUUUUGAACUUUCCACAUUGUGAUACUUCCAAAGCAACCCCAUCAAGCAAACAAGAGAUCCCAACCCAGAACAUAAAUCUUAUCGAUUCUCAGAUACCCAUUGAGCUUUUCUCCUGUUAACUGCAGAUUUACUUCAUUCGCAUUUCGCUUAAGCUAAUUCGAAGCAUUCAUAAUGAUCUCUUCAAUCAAGUACACGACACCUUCACUGAGCUGCUCUGCAUUCUCAACAAGCAGAAAGCUUUCUGUUCCAAGGCCUCAUCUUUACACACUACCUGUUAUUCAGAAUGCCCAGCAAAACCCAGAAACUGAACUCUCCAUCUCUACCCAAAAACCCCUUUACAUUUCAUCGACUAAGAGCUUCACAUUUCUGGCAAAUCCUAGAAGGAGGGUUACAGAAUGCCAAGCCUAUGAGGCAGAGAGGUCGCGACCCAUUGAGAUUAACAUCGAACUGCCUGAUGAACAGGCUCAGAUGGAGGCUGCUCAGAAGCUCAAGAUUGGCUUGUACUUCGCCACUUGGUGGGCUUUGAAUGUUGUGUUCAAUAUUUACAAUAAGAAGGUUCUCAACGCGUUUCCUUACCCAUGGCUUACUUCCACUCUGUCUCUGGCCGCUGGUUCUCUUAUGAUGUUGAUCUCAUGGACCACAAGGAUUGCGGAAGCCCCCAAAGUUGAUUUGAAUUUUUGGAAGGCCCUGCUUCCGGUGGCUGUGGCCCACACAAUUGGGCAUGUUGCAGCAACUGUGAGUAUGUCAAAAGUUGCAGUUUCAUUCACCCACAUCAUCAAGAGUGGAGAGCCAGCUUUCAGUGUCUUGGUCUCUAGGCUCUUGCUUGGAGAGGCAUUCCCUUUGCCAGUUUACAUGUCUCUGAUUCCAAUUAUUGGUGGUUGUGCACUUGCUGCAGUCACUGAACUUAACUUCAACAUGACUGGUUUUAUGGGCGCUAUGGUAUCAAAUUUGGCAUUUGUGUUCCGAAACAUAUUCUCAAAGAAGGGAAUGAAGGGGAUGUCAGUUAGCGGAAUGAACUACUAUGCUUGCCUUUCAAUGAUGUCUCUAUUGAUUCUCACACCUUUUGCCAUUGCUGUGGAAGGUCCCAAAAUGUGGGCUGCUGGCUGGCAAACGGCUGUGUCUCAGAUUGGUCCCAAUUUCGUUUGGUGGGUGGUUGCCCAGAGUGUCUUCUACCACUUGUACAAUCAAGUGUCUUACAUGUCUCUUGAUCAAAUAUCUCCCUUGACAUUCAGUGUUGGGAACACAAUGAAGAGAAUCUCCGUGAUUGUCUCUUCCAUCCUUAUCUUCCACACUCCAGUUCAACCUGUCAACGCCCUUGGGGCUGCCAUUGCAAUUCUGGGCACCUUCCUCUAUUCACAGGCUAAGCAGUAAACUGAAGCUGCCAUGUGACACAGGAGAUGAAGAGAGUGGUUUAAGCUGGAAGUGUCAAUGAUCACAAUUGAAGUUGAAGAAGAAGAAUUAUUGCGGUCAAUGGGACUUUUAUGCCAAUUUCACUAAUCUUGGGAGGCGAUAGUUAGAAUUUAUAAUCACGCUUUGAGUCUGGUUGCCACUGUAGAUGAUCUUCCUUCCUUUUUCUUCUUUCUUUCUGCAAUCUAAAGGCUGAGCGAGAUGUACUUGAAUGGAAUAACAAUGAUGUUUCAGACAUUUUGAGGCUUGAAAGUUCAUGAAUGACAAAAUCACUGCUAUUUUUUGACCU